GCCUACUAACAUAGCACUAUAAGUAGUUUAUCUCUUGUCUGCUUGUUAUUAGCAGCUUUGGUUGUGAAUGUGCUUGCGGAAAUGCAAUACCGUAAACUGUAAAAUAAAUCAACCAAAAAGACAGGAAGUGCUUAAGAAACUGCCAACUACUAGUGGUCUUUGCGAUAUUAUUAUCCCCUUCCCUUUUACGUGUCAAGGGGAAUAACGUUCAGAAAAUGUCUCAAAGUUGCAGAAUGAAAACACACGGACGGGACUGUCUUUAAGAAAAAUGUAUUGGUAAUAAUGACAACGUAACGGAGAAACCGUCAGCUGAGGUUUGUAUACAUUUGACUUGAAACUGAAAAUGGAAUGUGGACAUUGCUGUAACUACUCGUGGGUGGACUUCGUGUUCACGGUUCUUGGUAUCUGCACCUUUUUGUUCGACCUGGGAGCAGAUUUCUGGGUAGCUGCGGAGUUUUAUUUGCAGGGAGACUAUCACUGGUUCGGCAUCGUCCUCUCCUUUGUAUUUGUAUCCUCUGCUCUGCUGCAGAUGUUUAGUUGGUCCUGGUUUAAAUACGACACAGAGCUGGAAAACUUUAAACCCCGGACAACAACAGAAACUUUACUGCUGGCUAACGGCGGGCGCUGUGAUAGACUGAAGCUGCUGCACAUCUUCCAGCUGGGAUUUUUUCUUAGGUAUGUUACCGCCAUAGAGCAGGGGUUCCAAGUUUGGUGGAAGAAGAGAAACGAACCCGGACAUGUCAUAUACCUGACCCACGACCUGAGCAUGCUGCGACUCUUUGAGACUUUCUCUGAAAGCACUCCUCAGCUCACCCUCAUGAUCUACAUCAUCAUCCACAACAACAAGGCAGAGACCUUCCAGUGGGUCAGCAUUACUGCCUGCUUUAUUUCCAUUGCCUGGAUGGUCCUGGAGUACCACCGCUCGCUGCGCUUCUUCCUGCCAGAGAAAAGCAAACUGGGCUGCAGCUCCUCCAUCGUCUACUUCCUGUGGAACCUGCUGCUGAUCGCUCCGCGUGUGGGCGCUGUGGCCCUCUUCACCUCCGUCUUCCCCCCUUACAUCGGACUGCACUUCCUGCUGCUGUGGGCAGCCCUGCUCCUCUGGGCCUGGGCCCAGCACACUGACUUCAUGGAUAGCAGGCCGGGAGAGUGGCUCUAUCGCGCCAUGGUGGCCCUCAUCUGGUACUUCAGCUGGUUCAACGUGGCGGAGGGCAAGACAAUGGGGAGGAGCCUCAUCUACCACACCUUCAUGGCAGUGGACAGCAGCAUUCUCCUGGGGACGUGGUAUUGGUACAGGGACCCCAUUGUGACAGACCACUACGUGCUGCCUCUGCUGCUAGCUCUGCUCGCCUCCUACCUGUUGGGGUUACUGCUCAAAACCAUAUACUACAAGCUCUUCCAUCCUAAAAUCUGGCAGCCCCUCUUUCAGGCCGGGGAGGAUGUACCUGAUAAUCUAGUUUACAGGUCUCUCUCUCCAACGGAUGCCCUGCCCAGUGUGAUAAACAAAAGAAUGGGGGCUCUUGCCAAUAGCUUUUAUUUUUCAUCCUCAAUGCAGACUGGUGGUAAAACGAAUGGGAUUGAAAUAAAUGCCAUCAUGUAAUGGCAGGUUGGGCUGUUACAGCGUUACACUAAUGGUGUAGUGAUCACAACAUAAGUGAAUCUGGAUUGGAUUUGUGUGGCUUAAGGGUAGGCUCAUUGUACCUGGACAGGUUUAUAAAACCACACUAUCACAAUGAGACACUUUAGGUUUCUAUGAUCUAUUAACAGCAAUUUUAGCUGUAUCAAACUACAUUUAGCCAUGGAAAAAGAGCCAAAGACUUAGUGCCAUGAUAUUGUGCCUUUGUUUAGAAGAAGCUCAUGACUUUUGUAGCUGCUGUUACUGUCAUGAAAACUACUGCUGAUCUUAAAGUUAUUCAGAUGUUUUUGUUUCCAGAUAUUUAUUGUGUUACACUAUAGUUCAUAGUACUGUUUGGAUUUUAGGGGCACAGUUUUAAAAUGUCCCAGAUGGUCUAAAACAAUUUUUCAUAAAAUAUUUAUUAUAGGGUAUACAUUAUGGUCUGUGAUGGUCUGGCUAUUUUUAUAGAGAAUUAUUAAUUUAAAAAAAUGAAGAAAAAAAAUUAGGUCCUGAUCCAUUACUAGUCUCCUGGCAAAAAAAACAACAGGAAAAAUCGAUAAAGGGGAAGAGAGUGCUGGUGGAUAAAUCACAACAUGAAGAACAGGAAGCAGGAGGUGCAUGCUGGGAAAUAAGGGUUAGGGAACCAGAAAGGUUAAACAAAGGAAAGAUUGCCUCAGUGCCCUUCAGAAUGGUGGCCAUGCCUUAAACAGCGUGUGUUUUGCUGUACAGUUGAACAGAUGUUUUUGGAUUUGAAGUUGCCUGCUAAGCUUGUUUCGCUAGGACAGUUGUGAAAGCAUUAUGAACGAAGAUCUUUCAUGGUUAUCAAACACUAGAGUCUGUUGUGACAAAUACUUGAAGGUUUCAUGAAUACAUAAAUGAAAUGAAUGCUUGUUUGUACUUGUUACACGGUUACAAAUAUGUUUCUUUACAUUGACAUAUUUAACAGGAAGGAAGAAGACAAUAUUCACAUACUUACUGAAAAAUGUCAACAAAUUAAAAAUUGGAGUUCUGUGAAGCUUCCUGAUAAAAAUGAUCAAAAUCUCAACUUUUCAAAAAGUUUAAUGUUAUAACACACAUGGGUGUAAUACACACACACACACACACACACACACACACACACACACACACACACACACACAGAGUAUUAUUUUUUAUGGACCUUUUCUUGAAUGUUUUGCUAAACAUAAAUGGCCUAUGUAGCUUUUGUACUUGACGCGCCACAAUGCAGUGUUAAUAAAACAAGCACUUUUUA